AUGCGCAUCCACUACGUGGCACUCGUGGCAGCUGCUGCGCUGAUUGCAAGUACUCAUGGCCAUCAAGCUGUCCGUGACUCGACCACGCUGUCAUCGUUGCGGACGACUACCGAGGCCGAAAACCAGCCCGGGGUUGUCGACGGCAAAACCAACCGAUUCCUGACAAGCGACGACAACUUUGAGCCGCUUGCGGUGACCUCGACGGGGGACCAUGCGUCAAUAGCGCUACAAAAAGGUGACGGUCAUGAUCGCCAGUUGCGCCAGCUGCUCGACUUCAAUUCGGACGAUGAAGCGAGAUCGUUUUUCGGAUUGUUUGGUAAGAAGAAGAAGAAGUCGAAGAAAAAGCAUCAUCACGAAGAGGAAGAAAGCGAUAGCGGCAGCGCCAGUGCUAGCGAUAGCGCCAGCGGCAGCGGCAGCUCGGAAGCCAGCGACUCGAGCGACUCGAGCGACUCGAAAAACGAUAGCAAGAGCGGGUUUUCGCUGAACCCUAUCGAUUGGUAA